UUAAAAAAGUUCUAUAAAAAAUUGAAAUUCGAGUGAUAUUUGUUGCACGUUAUUCGUCGACCGUUCGGUGCUGAGAUCGGCGAAAGGAAAGUGAAUAUUACAACACACAGUGCAUAUAAUCCAGUGCAGAUUUGGGUGGAUCAAGUUCGACGCCGAAAAAGAUGUCGUCCCUACGCACUCAGUCGACCGGCGGCGGUUUGGCUCUGAGCAGCAUCGGAUCCGAUAGAACCGGGGCGACUUCGACGGCCGGCGCUUCUCAUUCUCACAGAAAACACCAGAAUCAUCACAGAAGUCGAAGUGCUCCUCGCGCCCCCGAAAAACCCCCGAGAAAACGUCACAUGAAUCCGGCUCACAGCCUCGCCUCGAUACCGAGUCAGAUUAAACUCUCCAUGCUGAACAGCGGACUCAUCUCUUUCGCAGCAGACGACAAUGGCGCCAUGUCAACGCCGCUGCCAACCGCCCCAACGGAAUUGGCACAUUAUCCAAAACUCUGCGAACUUCGUAGAAAAUUUCCAGUUUUAUACCGCGUUGAAUUCCAGACCGCAAUCAAAGUCGAGACGCACUCCUGCAAACACGCGACGAAGAUCGCGAAUAAGGAGAAGAAUCAAAAUCAAAGGUGCAUCCCCUACGACUACAACAGGGUUGUUCUCGACACGAUAAAAGGCGAGCCUGACUCCGAUUACGUCAACGCUUCCUACGUCGACAGUAUACUAAAGCCAAACGCCUACAUCGUGACGCAAGGACCGAUGGAAAAUACUGUGACAGAAUUUUGGAGAAUGGUUUGGCAGGAAAACGCUUCGUGUAUCGUCAUGCUGACGAAAACCUUCGACUUCAUUAGGGUCAUGUGUGUCCAGUACUGGCCAGCGAGCAAAGACAAGGACGAGGAAUACGGCGGUAUUGGAGUAUCGGUUUUAAAGGAGGAGGAACUGGCCAAUUUUCACAUACGAACGAUAAAGCUCUACAAGAAGAACGACGCGGGGGAAAUCACCGAGGAGAGAACUCUCCUCCAGUUUCACUACACGGAAUGGCAUUCCCAUACCUGUCCAUUCGGCAACGCGGUACUCGAAUUUCGGCGUCGCGUUCGCGCCGUUGUUGGAUCGACCAUAAAAAACGAGUCUGGACCGAUGGUCGUUCACUGCAACGAUGGCGGUGGCCGGUCUGGCGUCUAUCUGGCCAUAGACGCGAACAUGGAACUUGCGGAGGAGGAAGACGCGUUCGACGUUUUUGGAUACCUGAAGAAAUUGAGAUUAAGCAGGAAAGGACUGAUUGAGAAUCUGGAACAAUACAAAUUCAUCUACGACACGCUGGAGGAGUACGUUAUAUGCGGGACCUCGUGGUUCCCGGUUUCCGAACUCUCCCAAAGACUGAAACAAAAGAGCGUUAAGAAUCCGGUGACCAAGAUGAACGAGUACCAGCGGGAGUAUCAGCAGAUCUGCAAACAAACACCGAGAUUUACAAUCGGCGAUUGUGCCGGCGGACACAGAGCCGACAAUCGGGAGAAAAACAGAGACGUUCUAGUCGUACCACCGGACAACUUUCGACCCUAUUUAACCAGCUUCCAGGGCAACAGCUUCACGGACUAUAUAAACGCCGUUUUCGUUGACGGCUACACGAAACCUCGAGAGUACAUUGUCACUGAGUGGCCGCUUCGCCACACUUGCGGUGAGUUUUGGUCUCUGGUUUACGACUACGAAUGUGCCGCCGUAGUAAUUCUCUGCGUUCCACCCGCGAACUCGACCAAUUUUCCGAGCUUUUGGCCGGAGGGCAGACACUCGAAAAAGUACGGACCGGUAUUCACCAUCGAUCACAUCAGCCACAAUCACUACUCAAACAUCAAGACUUGGGUCUUCAGAAUAAAUAAGAAGAUCGUUUCUCUGACGGAACUGAUGGCCGGAGUAAAAGCACCGCCCAAAACCGUCCAGCUGUUCCAACUGACGUGUUGGCCAAUGGGCCACAAAGUGCCUACCUCAACCAACAGCCUCGUCGAGUUAAUGAACAUGGUGGAGAGGUGGAGACAGCGGACGGAUUACGGACCCGUCGCCGUCGUGUCACCCGACGGAAGGAGUCGCUGCGGUGUUUACUGCGCGGCAAACGCCUGCAUAGAACAGGUCAUUCAGCAUGGGGAGGUCGACAUAUUUCAGGCAGUGAAAACCGUACGCAGGCACAGACCUCAGCUCGUUGAGAACAUGACGGAGUACAAAUACUGCUACGACCUGGUCCUCCACUACGUACUGCACUACCUGAACAAGGACAUGAAUGAAAAGAAGUGAGACAGCGAGUUGAGGGACGAGCUGUGGUUCAUCGAGUUUGGUAGGGGUGCGGCGCUGCCGU